UUGACUGAUUUAUCUUCUUUCUUAAUCGGGCCGCUGGUUAGCUUUAUAAUACAACCUGUACUAGUAAGUUAUCGCCAAACAGGUGGGUGCCACCAGGACUGUUUCUCGUUUACUUUCUCAUAAUCUUGCUCACCUUGUAAUUCUAUAUAAGAGGGUUCUGUCAUUGACACUGUCGAGCUCAAGCAGAAACAUGAGUCUGGUUUCCACUGAUCGCCAUGGCGAUCCCCAGAAGUUCAACAAAUUUGCAUUUGCCAGUUCCAUUGUUGCAUCUGUCAUCUGCAUCAUAUUUGGCUAUGACACUGGUGUUAUGAGCGGGGCUAUGAUUUUCAUAAAGGAAGAUCUGAAAAUCAACGAUGUGGAAAUAGAAAUUCUGGCUGGAAUUCUCAAUGUCUGUGCGUUAUUUGGUUCUCUUUUUGCCGGAAGGACGUCGGAUAUUAUUGGCCGGCGUUACACCAUAGUCGUGGCCUCCAUAAUUUUCUUGGUGGGUGCAGUUUUAAUGGGCUAUGGCCCCAACUAUCCAGUCCUUUUAGCCGGAAGAUGCAUCUCAGGCAUUGGCGUCGGCUUUGCCCUGAUGAUAGCGCCAGUUUAUUCUGCCGAGAUUUCAUCUGCAAAAGCUCGAGGGUUUUUAUCCUCUCUACCAGAGCUCUGCAUCAGUAUUGGCAUAUUAUCAGGUUAUUUAUCAAAUUAUUUCUUCGGGAAAUUAACUUUGAAGCUUGGAUGGAGGCUGAUGCUUGGAGUUGCAGCCAUUCCUUCAAUUUUCUUAGCCUUUGUCAUACUAAAAAUGCCCGAGUCUCCAAGAUGGCUGGUAAUGCAAGGCCGUUUAGGAGAAGCCAAAAAAGCACUAUCACUAGUCUGCAAUUCUGAAGAAGACGCUGAAAGGCGCUUUCGUGACAUAAAAAGUGCCGCAGGAUUUGAUGACAACACCAACGAGGAGUUUGUAAAGCCCGCUAACAACAGUGGUGGCAAAGGUGUAUGGAAAGAGCUUUUAUUGAGGCCUACACCGGCUGUCCGCAUGAUCUUAAUCGCCGCCAUCGGAAUCCACUUCUUCGAGCACGCCGUCGGAAUUGAAGCUGUCAUUUUAUACGGCCCAAGAAUAUUCAAGAAAGCCGGUGUCAAGUCCAAGGAGAAGCUCUUGCUGGCCACAAUUGGAGUGGGCAUCACAAAGUUCUUCUUUUUACUGAUAGCUACUUUGUUAUUAGACAGAGUCGGUCGCCGGCGUCUUCUUCUAUUUAGCACAGCCGGCAUGAUUGCAGCUCUAGCAGUGCUGGGUUCCAGUUUAACCGUUGUUGAAAACUCAAAAACAGAACUCUUGUGGGCAUUAACUCUCAGUAUUGUUUCUACAUACGCAUAUGUAGCUUUCUUCAACGUUGGGCUUGCGCCGGUGACAUGGGUUUACAGCAGUGAGAUAUUUCCAUUGAAGUUAAGGGCACAAGGGAUGGCCAUAGGCGUGGCUGUGAACAGGUUCAUGAACGCCUUAAUCUCCAUGACUUUUAUUUCGAUCUAUGAAGCAAUAACCAUUGGUGGAGCCUUCUUUAUGUUUUGUGGCAUUUCAGCGGUUGCCUGGUUUUUCUUCUACUUUCUCUUGCCUGAGACAAAGGGUAAGUCUUUAGAAGAGAUAGAGGCGCUCUUCUCUAAAGGAUCUAAGCCAUCUGCUGAUGCUGAGAUGCAGACAGGAAAUAAUGGCCAGACUGCGAUGGCUUAGCAGCAGCAUAAACUUAAAUUGUGUUGCUUAUCUUGAGAUGGAUCACUAAACCUGGUGUUUCAUCUAAUUGAUAUGAUUGGUUUUGUCAGUCUCGAAGAACAGUCUGGCCGAGGUUUGCCAUAGAUAUUGUAAUUUUAACAAGAAGCGAGCUUAUAUGACAUGUAGUAUACAGUGGUUUUCUAAGAUUUCCUUUCUUUG